AUUUGAGCUACGCAGAUUGUAACACUGUUGCCGAUUCUGGACUGGACCUUUCCCCCGAACUCUCAGGAGAAUGGACUUCAAAGAGAAACGUCUCUUCGUCACAGUAGGCACGACGCAGUUCAGUAAAUUGAUAGAAACGAUACAACAAGAUGAAAUUCUCUACAAGCUCUCUAGCAUGGGUUUUAAGGAAAUCCAAUUCCAAGUAGGAACUGGAAAAUAUGAGCAGAAAGAGCAUCAAGUGUUGAAACUAAAAUACACACCGUUCUUUGAUGAUUUCCUCGGCGAAGUAACCAAAAGCGAUUUGGUUAUAAGCCAUGCAGGAGCUGGAACUUGCCUGGAGGUCUUGCAUACAGGAAAACCAUUAAUCGUCGUCAUUAACGAAGAUCUAAUGGACAAUCAUCAAUCAGAACUAGCAGAGCAACUGCAGUCAGACGAGUACCUUUACUUCUGCACGUGCAACGAACUAGUUGAAACUCUCGACAAGAAUCUCAAAUCUUUAAGGAAGUACCCGAAGCCGAACAAACAGAACUUCAGCAACUACUUGAAUAAAUGCAUGGGAUUCGCAUAAGAACGAGUUAUGGAAAAAUGAAAACAAACACUUUAUUUUAAUCAUGUAGAUUUAGUUAAAAAAAAAUUAUAAAUAGUUUUCAACUGAGGAUGGUGAA